AUGGCCGAUUUAGGGCAGUGGCUCUUUGGAACAGCAAUGUGCAAGCUAUACUGGUUCGGUGAAAGUAUCAGCAAACUACUCAGUUCUUUUAUCAUGACCGUUCUCAGUUGGGAUCGAUAUCUUGCCGUUUGUAGCCCUGUAAAGUCGAUGAGAAAAGAGCAGAACAAGAACAUUGACAACGUCCAAAAUGCCCUGCUGUUAACAGCUGAUUUUCGGCACUUCACGUUCAUGCCGGGAAUGGAGGUACCAGAAGUGAUUAAGGCGCGGGAGAGCAACCCAGCCAAACCAAAGGCGAGAUGA